GCUCCCUCGUGCAAAUGUCCUUGGACCCACGAUGCUAACCGGAGUGCUGUGAGAACGCAAUAGAUCGGAAUCAAGAUGAACCCAAACUCGGAAUAUGAGUAUCCCUUUCUUGAGGAAGUCUUCACUCCGCCCGAGAAUCCAAAACUCGACUUCAUCUUCGUCCACGGCCUCAACCCCCGUGGUCGGAAUGACCACCCCUUCGAGACAUGGACUCAUCCCAACGGGACGUUCUGGCCCCGCGACUUCCUCCCGCUGGAUGUUCCCCAGGCUCGUGUCUUCGUCUACGGAUAUAACUCGAAUAUUACGAAUCCGCAGACGAUGUCCACGGCGGGGGUCAAAGAUCAUGCGAAUACUCUGUUGAAUUUGUUGGAUAUGGAGAGGAGUCCGCAGAUGAACACACGACUGCCGAAAAUCAUCUUCAUCGGACACAGUCUAGGCGGCUUGGUCAUCAAACAGGCCCUCCUAAAUGCCCAAGAAGACCCCAAAUACGGCACUAUCCGCAGAGACACAGCCGGGCUGGUCUUCUUCGGCACACCCCACCGCGGCACCAAAGGGGUCGAGCUCGGGAAAAUCGCUGCCAAGGUCGCGCGCUUCGUUUCCAAAGGCCACGCAAGCAAUGACCUUCUCGACUGUUUGGAGCAGAACUCGCUCUUUACCCGCCAGAUGAGCAGUCGCUUUUCGCACCAGCUGGAGGAUUAUAAGGUUAUUUCGUUUGUCGAAGGGAAGGAGGUUAUGCUGGGUGGCGCUGGACCGGCUUCUCUUAGCCAUCUCGUUGUUGACGAGGAGUCGGCCGUCCUCGGCCUCCCCGGCAACCGUGAAACACGCCUCAAGCUCGACGCAGACCACUCGAUGAUGUGCAAGGUCAGCGCGCGCGGUGCCAUGUACAGGCUUAUCAAAGGCAACAUUAAGCAAAUAGCCGACCAGGUGCUCGUCACCGAGCAGGGCUUCAUCACCCAGCCGACGUCUGCCUCGCCACAGGGUCCACCUCCGCUACCGCCUCGCAUAGACGCUACUAACAGUAGUACGUCGUAUCCAGCGGCACGCACGCCGCAGCCUGGGGCCGUGCAACAGCGCGUCACGGGUGUGUUGUACCCACCUACCGACAGCGACCCCCGAUCGGUGAAGGCGGCGCAGCUGAAAUGUGAAUGGAACUGGGACGAGGCGCGACAGGUGGAGUACGCUCUUUUCCAGGAGCAUCUGCGCACGCUCGGUGCAGACCACCAUAGCACACUGCAGGCGGGGUACAAUCUGGCGGAAAUCGAUGUCGAGUCUGGCUAUCUAAUGAAAGGAGCGGAGUGGGCGGAGUGGGUGUCCAACAAUAGCGCUCGCGUGUUCGACCGUCGCCACCCCCUCGCGAUGAAGGCCGAGAGUCUGAUGGGGGAAAUUCUCUGCGCCCAGGGAAAGUACCAAGAGGGCGAGUCGGUCAUAGCCAAUGUCCUCGCCCGCCAGCAGAUGGCCCCCGGCGUGGGCGAACAGGACCUUGACACGCUGGAGACGCGGCGUCGGCUGGCAAUGGCAUAUGACAAUCUCGAGCGACGGCAAGAGGCGGUGCAAAUGGGUGAGAAGUACCGUCAGAGUUUGGUCGCUGUGCUGGGCGAUACCCAUGUUCGGGUCAUCAAAGCGGGGCUGUAUAGCGCAGAGCUGGUGAUUGAGGCCCAUCGCGCAGAGCAUGGGAGUUCGCAGGUCGUCAUGCGGUUUAACACCGCCGUGCAACAGUCCUGUGCGUCAAUCUGUCAGAUUGCACGCGACGUGGUCGCGCUUCUAGGUGCGCGCCACCCGCUGUCGAUCUAUAGUUUGAGAAUUGAGGGUGCUGCACAGAUGCUCGACCAUAGCUGCGGCGAGGCGUCCGAAACUCUCCGCCGCGCGCUGACCUUGGCUGAAGAAGUCCUGGGCACGGAGCACCCAGAGACGCUGGCUAUUGUGGCACACCUGGGCAUCAUGUACGCCUCACAGAAUAACGACCCCCUCUCAUUCAACAAAAGUGCCACCGGCUUGAAACUCGCCGUUCCAUGGAUCGAGCGCUACUUGCGGUGGGCGGAGCACCGUAAGGGCCAAGGAAACCCAGAGGUGCAAGCCUUGUUGAAAAUGCUUGCUACUCUGUAUUUCGCAAAGCAGCAGUAUGUGGAAGCACAGGGAUACUACGAGCGAUUGGAGGCGUCUCAUCGGGCGAGUGGCACGCCCAUGCCGGACGAGGCGGCGAAUUUCAUGCAGUUGUGCCGCAUGAAUACGCGGUAUUUGACUCCGACGCGGUCCCCCCGGGCAGGAGGGUUUGAGAGUAUGUUGGCGGCUUUUCAGAAGCGUUUGUAGUGAUUGAAUUCUGAUUCCUUCUGAUUGCUAUGGGGUUGAUAUACAUGUUCUGCUUGAUGCGAUGUAAAGCGAUCGCCAAUUCAAUUGCCAUUGUUUGGCCAAUUUUAUGUUAAUGUUCACUAUAAUCCAUAUGAAAGCAAGAUAUACCCAUGGUACUAUGGAGCUACUCGUGUUGUGAAGUAAUUUGUGACCCGUGGACGGGCUGGCAUGGUUGAUUAGGCUUUGAUAUCACUGCCCCUUGUAUGAUGUCGCGAAGUCAAGCUGUAUCGUGGAAGGGGCAUAUGUAUGCAUGUAUGACGAAAUGAAGAACCUCAGCAGUCUCUCAAUUUAAUCAGGACGUUGAGGGAUACUCAGGGUCAAGGCUUGUGGGUCCUUGGCCGGGAGGGAUAGAAGAGUGGACAAGGGGUGGUGAUGUCAUGCAUCAUUUCC